GUUUCCUACCUCUCUGGAGCAUUGCUCCACGUAAUGAGCUGCCAGACUUUGAUACGAUUCUCAGCGACUGGUCCCCUCCUGCUUACGGGAGCGGCAAUGCUCAUGGAAGAGGAAGCAAUGAGCCACUCAAGACCUCCCACUAUACUGCCCAAGUCACUCGUAUUGGAGUCGGUACUCAGCGGUGCUGCUUCCCUCGGUGGACCGUUGAAGCUUCUGGCUGCUACCAUCAUGGUACCCUCCUACAGUACAGCGCUGUUCUAUUACUCA